AUGAGCUCGAAGGAGAGACCCACUCUUGGUGGCACGCGGAUUAAGACCCGCAAACGGAAUAUUGCAGCGCCGCUGGACCCUGCAGCAUUCUCGGAUGCAGUGGUCCAGAUUUAUUUGGAUAAUGCUGGUGAUCUGGAACUUAUUGCUAAGAGCAUUGAAUCUUCAGACCUUAACUUCUCAAGAUACGGUGACACCUUUUUUGAGGUUGCUUUCACUGGGGGUCGUACACAACCUGGAACUACCAAGCCUGAUGAGGGCGAACGCCAUCCUUACUCUAUAAUAGAGAGUGAGCCUAAGCGUGAAGUCAUCUUACCAUCUGUAAUCUAUAUACAAAAGAUUUUGCGGAGAAGGCCAUUUCUCAUCAAGAACCUUGAAAAUGUCAUGCGAAGGUUCCUCCAGUCCUUGGAGCUUUUUGAGGAAAAUGAGAGGAAGAAGUUGGCAAUCUUCACCGCACUUGCAUUCUCCCAGAAGUUGUCUGGUCUCCCACCAGAAACUGUGUUCCAACCACUUCUUAAAGAUAACCUUGUGGCCAAAGGGCUAGUUCUGUCAUUUAUGACUGACUUCUUUAAGGAGUAUCUGAUUGAUAACAGCCUUGAUGACCUUAUUUCAAUUCUGAAACGGGGAAAAGUAGAGGAUAAUCUUUUGGACUUUUUCCCCCCUACAAAAAGAUCCAAUGAAGCUUUCUCUGAGCAUUUCAGCAAGGAAGGACUGGUGGCCUUGGUGGAGUAUAAUGAAAAGAAAAUUUUUGAGGUGAAAUUGAAGGAAAUGAAGUCUGCUUUAACAACACAGAUAACAGAGGAGGCUGAUACAUCUGAAGUCAUUGAGACUGUGAAGUUGCGAGUUAGAGAUGCUAAAUUGCCGGACAUUGAGGUGGUGCGGGUCUUGUGGGAUGUUUUAAUGGAUGCUGUGCAGUGGUCUGGAAAAAAUCAGCAGCAGAAUGCAAAUGCAGCCCUUCGUCAGGUAAAAACUUGGGCAGAACUGUUGAAUACAUUCUGUACCAGUGGGAAACUUGAGCUGGAACUUAUGUACAAAGUACAGAUGCAAUGCUACGAGGAUGCUAAACUGAUGAAGCUGUUCCCUGAGAUUGUUAGAUCUCUUUAUGACCAGGAUGUGCUGGCUGAAGAUACCAUUCUUCAUUGGUUCCGAAAAGGAACAAACACCAAGGGCAGGCAAACCUUUGUGAAGGCGCUGGAGCCCUUUGUUAAUUGGCUGGAGGAGGCUGAGGAGGAGGAGUAA